UAAACCCACUACACUCUUUGAAUGGUGCAGGCGCUCGAGCAUAAAUAAUUGAAUUUCCAAAUCAAAAAAUACUUCAGCAGAAACAAAAUUGUCUUAAGAGCAUAUCUGCUCAAUCUGAUUCUUUUGCUCAUGUUACCAUCGAUCCUGAGCAUUAAAUGAAACUAUUUUAAAGGCUGAAGACGAGUAUAUGUAGUGCCAGCAAUUUCAGUCGACUGAAGUGAGCAGCAAUGGCAGCUAUAUUGUUAAGAGCUCCAUGUAACAUAUCCUGCGUUAAGCACACACCAAUUUAUCCAGGUCGCCUCAUUAUCCGUGGAGUUCCCAAAGCACAAGGCCUCAAAUUCUGUGGAACUCAAAAGCCGAGCUUCUACAGACUGCUGUGCAGAGCCCAAUUAAGUCCAGAGAAAGGACAACCAGGGUUCGAAUCCCUGAAGACUAAUAACGCGAGCAGUUCACCAGGGCUAACGGAUGAUAUCGUGGGAGAAGACGCCGCUUUCUUUGAAAUUAGCAGGCAAAAGGUUUCGUCUUGGAUAUAUUUUAGUUUAAUUCUUGGCGUGGUUCUUGGAGUUCUGUAUGUCGCCUGGAUUAAUCCCUCCACCGGCUAUGGUGACGAUUUUGUUGAUGCCGUUUCAUCGCUUUCUUCCAGCUCCGAGGUGACACUGUUAAUUCUUCUUUUCAUAUUUGCGUUUGCACACAGUGGAAUGGCCAGUUUAAGAGAUGCUGGUGAAAGACUGCUUGGAGAGCGAGCAUUUCGGGUUAUUUUUGCAGGAACAUCCCUUCCUUUGGCAGUCAGUGCAGUGGUAUACUUCAUUAAUCACAGAUAUGAUGGAGUGCAAUUAUGGCAAGUACAAAGUAUACCUGGUGUACAUCAACUCGUCUGGAUUUUGUCUUUUAUAUCCUUUUUUUUCCUCUAUCCUUCUACAUUUAAUUUACUAGAGGUAGCAGCAGUGGACAAGCCUAAAAUGCAUUUAUGGGAAACUGGAAUUAUGCGUAUCACAAGACAUCCUCAGAUGGUUGGGCAGUUUAUUUGGUGUGCUGCACAUACACUUUGGAUGGGAAACUCUAUGGUAUUGACGGCUUCAUUGGGCCUAAUGGCACAUCACAUUUUUGGAGUAUGGAAUGGAGAUAGGCGAAUGGCUGCACGUUAUGGAGAAACAUUUGAGACCGUGAAAAAUCGCACUAGCAUUAUCCCCUUUGCUGCUAUAAUUGAUAGGCGCCAAAAAUUACCGAAGGAUUACUACAAAGAAUUUCUCCGAGUUCCCUAUUUGACUAUUCUUCUGUUAACUCUUGGUGCUUAUGUUGGUCAUCCAUUGAUGCAGGAUGCAAGUUAUCACCUUCAUUGGUAGACGUUCAGCACUGAAAUGAUCCAUAGUGCCUUUCCCCCUUACAAUGUAAACUGACCUAUUAUUUGUAUGCUAUAAUUUAAUAAGCCGAUGUUUCUGACCUUAUUCAUUUUGGAGUAUUAUUAAUCAUGGGUAUCUGAGGUUCUUUGUA